AUGUCACCAUCAACGAGUCCGCACAGAGCUUCCCCUAGCAGCGCCGUACCCUCUCGUGCCAGCACUCUUUCGCGCCCACCCCGCAGUCGGCCCAUGUCUGUCGAUAUGGGCUCACCCACCAGGGCCUCGUCCGUCAGGCCCAUGAGUAUGAUGUCUAUCCCCGAGAAGAGCACUCCUCUGCCUUCUCGUGACUCGCAACGCUUUGCUGCGCCAGACAGUGCCGAUGGUCUCAACCGUACAAUGUCAAGCGCCCAGAGCCGUCUGGACCGACCCAGUUCACCGACCAAGGGUAUGGGUGGUUUCGUGCAGAGUGCCAUGCUCAAGCGCAAUGACAGCGUCAACAAGAGAUGGAGCGUCACAGCUGGUCCAUCAUCCUUGACUCGUAACGAUUCGACUGCCAGUUUCCGCAGCGCUGCCAAUGCCGAUGACACUCCUACUCGCCCUUCCUCAAGCCAUAGCACUAUCAGCAACCUCAAUAUUGCUCCUGAAUCAGACUCCAAGGAGGAGAAGCCCGAGAGACCAACCGCAACUAGACAUUCGCGCUCGAGAUCAAUGGCUUCCUUCUCAGGCCAGGAACCCAUACCUGAAGGCCUCAUGUCUCCACCAUUAAGCCCGAAUAAGAGAUGGAGUCGUAGUCCCACCAAAGCUAGUUGGCUUGAGAGUGCGCUUACUCGUCCAGAUUCUCCCAAGCCGCUUGCAUCACCACAGUUGAAUCAGCCUAGUUGGAUGGCGGACCUUGCAAAGGCAAAACAGCAACGUGGUACUGCUGAGGCUCCACCAUCGCAGGAAAACAUCGAUGCCGCAAAAGCCCAGGACACACCUACAUUUGGUCAGGGCUUACUGAAGAGGUCGUCUAUGAGGAAUACUCCAACACAUUCUCCCAGCGCGUCCAGAAACGUCACGCCUCCCACCAAGGCCAAGCCUAUCUCGCUCGCAGGCAAAUCUGCUCUACCAGAGCCCUCCACUCCUUCGCUCGAUCUGACGCCCAAAUUACCCGAAAAGACAGAUUUAGAGAAGCAGGAGCCCGCCAAGGAGGUUUCCAAGAAGGGUGAAAUCGAGCAGAAUCUCCCCAAGGAGGAAGCCGGUAGUCACCAUCUCGACGACAUCGAGGGAGAUGCACCGAAGAAGGAUGAACCUGCCAAGCCAAUUCCCUCGAAGCCAAGUGCACUCUCCUCUAGGUUCACUGAGAAGGAGCCGGUCAAGCCAGUUGCUCAGAAACCGAGCGCGCUAUCAUCAGUACCUAAUCUGCCGCCCAAGCCGCAAGCUCUAGACUCUAUCAACUCCACUGCUUCGUCAUCACCCAGGUUCCCUACCCUGAAAUCUCCCGACUUAAGGUCAGGUGAAUUCAAAUUACCUGAGCUGAAACAAGACACCACACCAAAGACCGACUUCCGCUCAGGCCUGAAAUCACGAAGUGGAACUAUUGGUGCGCAAACGGAGCAAGAGCCUGAGUUCAAGGCUUUGUUCGGCAAGCUCAAGAAAGCUCAGACUGAGAAGUACGUGGCACCUGACGAGCUGAAGAGCAACAUUCUUCGCGGCAAAGCGGGUCUAUCCCUCAGCGCCGGUCCACAGAAAACAGAGCGGCGCGAUGAGCUCAAGGAGAGUUUGUUGAAGAAGAAAGAAGAGAUGAGUAAAGCAGCUGCAGAGAAACCUGCACCGGAACCAAAAAUCUCCCCAGCUCCUUCAUCGGUGCCAGAGGCCCUAUCUAUUCGAAAGCAGCUUGGCCGGUCAAACAGCACACUCAAUAUCCCUGCUCCCGCCAAAUCACAUCGAGACAUCACACCUGAGGCUCUAUCAUUCCACAAGAACCUUAGAGGCAAGCCUAAGGCACCGGUCCCGGAGAAGCGAAACAGCGUUACUGAGAAGGCGGAACUUAAGCGCGCUUCUCUCGAAUCCAAGCCAUCUUCUGCUGUUGUCGAUGAGAGACCAGUCGAGUCAGUACCCAAAGCCGAGGACAAAUCAGAACCAGAAACAAAAGAGCUUCCUAAGCCAGAGACACGUGAGCCUACCAAGCCAGCAGUACAGGAGCGUCCUAAACCAGUACAGCAGGAGUCAUCUAAACCCCAGGUGCAAUCAAGACCUAUCUCGAACAAGAUCGCCGACAGAUUCAACCCAGCUCUCGCGGGACUGUUAGCUCGCGGNCCCCCAAGUACAUCAAAUACUCCGCCAUCAGGAAGUCCCUUCUCCCCUCCUGCGAUCAGUCGUGUGAGCUCUGCGCAGGAUGAGCCAGGAGAGGGUACUCAGCUCACCCACAUGACCAAGAGUCGUGCUAAGGGCCCAAAGAGGCGCAAGCCGAAAUCAAGUGCGCCGGAGACCACAGCCAAAGAAACGCCUGCAACCGAGAAGCGCGUGUCUUCUAUCGUUUCCACAUCUGAGAAGCGUGUCUCGUCUGUCACGUCUGAACCCGAGAAACGUGUUUCUUCUACUCCAUCUGUGCCGGAAAAGCGUAUCUCCUCAAUCAACCUGCCAUCACCGAGUUCGCCCACGACUAAGACUCCUGUGCAACCUCGACCCAAGUCUGCGGCUGUAAGAGCUGCAUCAAUUAACCUCUCGAAACCACAAAUCGGCGAGGCAGAGAAACCCGAGACUCCUACUCCGACGAAGUCGAUGACGUUCCCUCCUGUUCGAGCAGACAAGCCAACAACUCCUGUAUCGGCGAGGUCCUCACUUGAAGUUGCGACAAUCGCUGGCGCAGAGAAGCCCAAGCCUGUCACGCCUGCGAAACCAGCACUGGACAAUCCUUCUUCCACAACUGCGGACAAGUUGGAGUCACCUGCUCCUUUCAAACUACCUCUUCGCACCUCCUCAGCUGCUUCUUCGAUGAGCAAAGAAUCUGUGUCCGGCCCCAUUUCACCUCAAUCUGCCUCUCGCCAACCCUCUGGUUUCAAUCGAGCACUUCCUGGCAAGGCUCUUCCAGGCAUGACUACUGCUGUCUCAGGGUCACAGGACAAGCCUUUACCACCUUUGAACACGACCGAGGCGGAUAAGGAAAACCAGAGUUUCUCAUCAGUCAAGAGUGCUGCUUCAAUGUGGGGAAAGCCUGCACAGACUACACCACAAAAGCGCGCUCCUAUAGAACUACCCACCAAGAAGGACGAAGAGGCUGCAAUGUUAUCUGCUGGACUCCUCUCAAACUCGCCACGCAGAUAUAACGCAUCGCCGAAGCUAGGACUUGGCAUCACAGAAGAUACUAUCAACCAGCCAAAGCGAAUUAACGGCCACGAGCAAGUACAGUCACCCAGUGCCGGAGCUCCGCCUAAGCCCGCAAAGAGUUCAAGAGUUGUCAGCGGUCAAUUGAGUACCAAAGGUGAGUCUUAG